AUGGAAGUCAAGAAUCCGCGCCGGGUGUUGGCGGUCUCGCUUGCGGACUCGACGCAGCAUUUGAGUAGAGUCAUUAAAGACCUCACGGGCACCCACCCAGAACCGGCAUCCACAACCCUCGCGGGCACAACGCACAUCCUCCCCAUCAAGACGAGCUACUACACCGCCGACGUGCCCAUCUGGCUGGACCUCGUCGACUCCCCGGCCGAGUGGUCCGCCUCCUUUCUCUCGCCCGAGGCCAAGGAGGUCCUCACCGUGCUGGGCGGGCUGGCUGUUGUUUUUGCGCUGCCUUCUUCUCCUUCAUCAUCGUCUUCGACAUCAGCCCCGUUACCGGAAGACGGUACCACCCCUGCGCCGGUAUCAGUAACAGCACCGGCAACGACCCCCCAGCCCUCGCCAGAGGACACCCGCGCGCUCAUCACCGAGGUCGGGAGGGUCGUUCGCGAAGGGCUCGGCGGGUGGGGAUGGGACGGCGUCGGGUUGGGCAUCGGCGUCGGGGAUGGGACGGCGGACGAGUGGGAGGAUCUCUGCGCUGAGUGGGGACUCGAGUUUGUGCAGGUUCGUGGGGGUAAGAAGGAUGAUGGCCGGAACGAGUUUGGAGAGAAAAUGGGCAUAGCAAGAGUCCUCGAAGCCCUCGAAUCCAACGACUGGGACGCCGCAGACGACAUGGACGGCCCAUCAGACCUCGAUUCGGACCUCGACACCGCCGCCGGUGAUUUACCCAGGAAACCCAGACCUCUAGCAGGCGGCACCGGCAACGACGACGACGGCGACGACAACGACGAUUUCGACCUCGACGACCCAGAGAACCUGGAUUUCGGCUUCGACAGAGCGGAUUUCGAAGGGCUGAAGAAGGCGAUUUGGAACCUCGAGCAGGAGCCGGAGGAUGAGGAUGAAGUAGUAGAAGGGGGAGCAGCGGACACGGCAAAAGCAGCGAGUGGAAGCGCGGGAGGCGCUGCUACCGCCGAGAAACCGGACUCGGCGAAGACGACGCAAGAGAAGAAGGUCGAGGACGCUGAAAUAGAGGACCUGGACGCCGAGGACGUGGAAAAGAUUGAGCAGAUGAUGCGCAAGCUGCAGGCUGUCCGGGACCUCAGCGCGGGGCUGCCCGAGGACCAGAGGCGGAGGAUGGCGAAGAAGGCCGUUGGGGAGGUGAUGAAGGAGCUUUGA